CAACGUUCUUUUUUUUACCAACACUGUCCGAGCGACACACACACACACACGUGUUUGUUCUGUGUGUGUGUGUGUGUGUGUGUGUGGACAGUAACGUGUUGCGUUUGAGGCUGAGUCAGUCCAUGUUGUUGUGCUCCUGAAACAAACAGCAGGUGGAGCGCUGGAUUCGGCGCUGAGAGCAGAGCAGAGGACUCACCACUGCCAUGUUUGGUGUGCACAGAUCCCAGCAGCAGGGACAUUAAAGUGUUUAUAUGUCUCCCGUCUGUGAGCAGGAUGAGAAAGAAGCAGACUGCCAAACAGAGGAAGACAGAGGAGACUACAGUUGUCCAGGAGUUUGUGGUAGAAAAGAUCAUUCGCCGCAGAGUCUUUAAUGGAAGAGUCGAGUACUUUCUGAAGUGGAAGGGCUUCACAGAUGCAGAAAACACAUGGGAACCUGAGGACAAUCUGGACUGUCCGGAACUCAUUGAAGAGUUUCUGAGAAACACCCACCACUCUGAGGAAAAUGAGGAAGAGUUAAUUCCCAAAGAAGAAAUGACAGAGCAAGAGACAGAAAUUUCCUGUUUGCAGCAGCAGGCUCACACCUUACAGAGAGACGGCGACAUGCUCGAGCCAAGCGAUGAGCAGUCAGAUGCCCCCACCGACCUCAGCACUUACCUCGUGCCUGAAUGCAUCAUCGGCUCCACAGACAGACAGGGAGAGCUCAUGUUCCUUGUCAAAUGGAAGAACUCGGAUGACGUCGCGCUGCUGUCUGCCCGUGAGGCGAGCGCCAGGUGUCCCCAGGUGGUCAUCGACUUCUACGAGCGGAAGCUGACCUGGCACUGUGGAGACGAGGAGCAGUGAAGUGUGUUAGUGUGACUGCAGAGGAGAAACCAGUAAACGUGCUGCGUUCUCACCUUAAGUUUAGUCUAAGCCUCCAUCGAGUGUCCUCCUCCUCCUCCUCCUCCUCCUCUUCCUCUUCCUCCUCCUCCUCCAGCUGACAUUAGAGGCACGCUGUGUGAAAUUACAUCUCGCUGCAGGUGCAAAAACCUCAGAGAGGGCAAAUAUUUAGGGCGUCGAGUCCUGUGGUGCUCAAUAGGAGGUCACUGUGCCUUCUGUGGAGACUGCGAUGGAGACUCAAACUAACCUUUGUGCAGAGCAGCGUAAAAAAGUAUAAAAGUCAGACUUGCCUGUAGCAGCUUUGGUCUCGUGACAUGUAGCUGACACAGUCACUGUGGACGUGCGUUUUCUUUCGAGACUUACUGUUACUUAGUAAUGUAGUAUACACUGUAUAGCCCUUCACCAGAAGGAGACCUAGUGUGUGUGCAUCACUUUGUAUAGAGAAUUAACUCACUGUACCUCCUGCCCGGGGGUCUGCAACCUGCGGUUAUUUAGCCCCUCAGUGGUGGCUCCCUGUAGCUUUGGAAAAAAUUA